AAGUGUUAAAAGCCUUAGAGGGAGAGUCACUUCCUGUAGAGAAGAGUCUGAACUCUGACUGUAGGUCUCCUCACAUGAACAGCACCGCUGCCAUGGACUUCUCUCUGAGGGUGAGUCCAGACCAGUCCCAGUUCUUCAAAUGGGACAAAAUGUCUCUGAGCUGUGGAGAUACUGGACCCUGGGCUCUGAAGAGGAACACCAGCACAGAACAGAACGAGCCCUGUUCGGAAUGGGGGGCAGAUAUGAAAGGUUCUUCAUGCUCAAUGGACCUGUUUCCCGUGGACUCUGGUGUGUACUGGUGUGAGAGGAACGGCAGCUCUACAGAACCCGUAAACAUCACUGUUCAAGACAGGGGCGUGAUUCUGCAGGUGCCUGUGCUCCCUGUGUCUGUGGGACAAACUGUCAAUCUGACCUGUCGACAUCAGACUGACCCCGCCCUCCCAGCCCGUUUCUAUAGAGACGAACACUUCCUGUCGGAGCAGCCUGCAGGUCACAUGACCCUCCAGCAGGUGGCAAUGUUUGAUGAAGGCCUGUACCAGUGUGAGAUGAGAGGAGAGAAGUCACUGCCCAGCCGACUUCGGGUCCAUGAGAGCAGCCCCCCUCCAUCAGUGCAGCCUUCGGGAAUCUCGUCUCUGGUGCUGGGUUUGAUCGCCGGCUCGGUUCUGAUCCUCCUGGUUCUGCUGGUCCUGGUGGUGAGACGGUGCCAGAGAUACACAGUCGAUGCCUGUCCAGAGGAGGGUGGGGCUGAUGACGUCACAUACAGCCACAUAUUACAUCAGCAGCAGCGACGGCCAAUCAGACGCACAGAGAAAGAGCAGAAUCCGGUUUAUUCAUCUGUGAAAACUGCAGACGUCUGCUACUCUUCCAUCACCAUCAAAAAGACCAGAGGUAAAGGCCGAGACAGACUCACAAACAGAGAGACUGAGGAGAGUCCAGUUUACUCCUCUGUGAAAACUGAAGAUGUCUGCUACUCUCCCAUCACCAUCAACCAGACCAGAGCUAUGAGGACCAAAGGAAGAACGCGAGGACAAAAAGACCCAAGUCCGUAUGCACAAAUCAGAGUCCGUACUAACCUGGACUAAACCAAGUCUCAAACAAACCAGGACUAAACCAAGUCUCAAGUAAGCCAGGACUAAUGCUACUAUCCCAUUGUCCUAGGAUUUUCUGAGUUGUAAAUUCAAUCUGGAACACCCUUCCAUCUUAGAAUUCUGACUUGGAAACUCAGAGUUAUAUAUGAAUGAAUUUUAUUUAAGUGUCAUGCACUCAUGUUCCCAGCCCAUAUGGAUUUAUAUGGCACUAUUAUCAAUAUACAUAAAGGAAGACGUCCAUUAAAAUUCAGAACACAAAAUCCAACAGUCAUAAGUAAAUCACCCCGUAUCCGUGUACAGAGUUCUUUGUCUCAAUGUUCAGGCCUUGUCCACAAAAACUGCUACACAAAUUUCAUUUCAUUUUCAAAUAACCAACGCAUCAUUUGGCCUUCAGACAGCCAGAAUAAAUCAGGUUUCUUCUGUUGAAUCAUUUCAUACAUAUUAUUUUUUAAAUAAUGAUGAAGUGGAUAAUAAAACAUUAAAAGAAAGUCAUCCUCCACUACAUUUAAAUCACACAGAGAACAGAACCAGUUCUUCCUUGGGACAGCUACAUAGGAACCUCUGUCUUCUUUUUAAAUUAUUUUUGACAAAGGGUUCAGUUAAGAAAGUAUCCUUAAACUGUACACAGUUUCUUACAGAUUAUUCAAAAACAGGGGCCAUUUGUUUGCUGCAGCAAAGAUUUCCAGGACCUCUUUGGACCAGGGUAAUCUGUGAACUCUGUUCCACUUAAACACUGAGUCUUUCACAGUCUGAGAACUUCUGCCAUUUAAUCUAAGCCCUGAUGAAGACCUGUUUGGUCGAAACAUGUUGGCUUUGGAAGCUGGAGGACGUGUCUGGGGUGAAGGAAGUCUGGGAGUCCCUGCUUAGACUGCUGCCCCCGUGACCCGGCCCUGGAUAAGCGGAAGAAAAUGGAUGGAUGGAUGUUGGCUUUGGCCAUCCUGAUAAAGGCCUUUUAACUAUAUAUUUUUUCUCAUGCAAUUUCUACUUUGGAGUGCCUGGAUUCCACUGUGUUUAAACUUCUGCCCUAUGUUUAACCACACAGGGCUCCCAGCCCAUGUCCCCCUCUCUGGUUGCCCUAGUGGUAAACCUGUGUACUCCAAGGAAGUAUCUCAUAGCUCUGCUUUUGUCUGCAUUAUAUUCUGGAGCAUCUUCAAAGCCUUCAAAACUCCCACAGCAUAAAACAGAACAGGUCCAACCAUUGAGUCAAAACUUCAGGACAGACCUUCAUCUUAUUUACUACAAUUCCUGGUGCCCCCCUCCCACCAGACUAUGACAACACUUGUCUGCCUUCUAAAACAUCACUCCAAGACCAACAGCAGGAUGAACCAGGACUAAACCAGGACUUGUGCUAUAAGAGUGUGUUUUUCAAUCAGUUUAACCAGGGAACACUGUUGUACCUUGAGUAUUGGAACUGACAAAGUUAUUCUGAUUCAAAAACAAUCAUCAUUUCCAAAUAUAAAGAACUAGAAAAAAUUGAGUCAUUUGGUAAUCUUUUAGUGGGUUAUUGCUAUAAUACAGAAGUCAAAUCAAUUAAAUCCAUAGACAUAAUCAAAAUUCAUAGCACUGGUCCAAAACCAUCUUAGUUAAAACAAAAACUACAGAGAGUUCAGCUCAGUUCAGCAUCUGACCUGUAGAACUGGUUUAGACCUUGUUCCUUUGAAAAAUAAUUAAAAUACUAAUCAAAUGAACUGGGACCUGUCCUGAGAGUCUCUCAUAAGAUGAGUCCUGCUUUAGUCCCUUUAGUCCCACCAGGUACAGUCCAUGUUUGCUCCUUGAUUAGUAUUUCCAUCCUAUUUAUAACACAUUCUUAUGGUCUUAUUAUUAUCAUAUUUUUGUUCUGUGUGAACACAUGUUCCUUUAUUAUUUUUAAUCUUCUAAGCAUUUUGCAAGUGUGUAGUUGCAUU